AUGCCCUCACCGCUGCUGCUGCCUCCAUCCACCACUGAGGAGGAGGAGGUCACAUACCCUCUCUCCCCCUCUCUGCCUUGUCCCUCUCCUCCCUUUCCCAGGCCAGCCCGCACGGUGGUGUUCGGAGGGCUCUCAUCCCCAGCAGCUAUUGCCCAUGUGCUCUCCGCUGCUGCUGCCGUCGCUGCCCCUGAGGAGGCUGUGCCAUCACUGCGGUGCUGCGCGGUGGUGGCGGCAUGGAAUGGAGGUGCUGCAAUGACCCUUUUCUUCCGCGUGCUUUCCCUCUCCCUCCCUCUCCCUCCCCGCCCACCAGGCCUAGCCCUUGACGGCUGCACCCUCCCUGCCCUCUCUGUCGUCUUCCCGUCUGUGCGUGCCGCUCGCCAAGCUGUGGCAUCGCUGCACGGCUCUACGGUUCCAGGCGGCGCAAAGGAGGGCGGUGCGGAGGAGGGUUGUACAGUAAAGGCCGGUGCGGAGGCUGGUGGCUCGGUGCAGAGCGUGACUGUGUGGGCGAGGCAACUGGGAGGCGAGGGUUCUAAGACUCUCAGCAAUCGAGUCAUUGUUCGCAACCUGCCCUUCAAGGCUAUUGAAAAGGUCAAUGGCACGACCAUCAACGGCCGGGCCAUUUCGGUGGGAUGGGCGGUGGCAAAGAGGGAGCAUGUGGAGAGUGUGGAAAAGGAGAAAGCGAAGGAGAACAGAGAUGGGCUGUCAAUGCUGUUCGAUGAUGACGAUGAGGAAAUGGAUGAGGGAGGGGGGGGUCAAGAAGAGGAAGAAGAUGAGGAUGUGGAAGAGGAAGAUGCUGAGGAAGAGGAGGAGGAGGAAAUGGAAGAAGAGGAAGAGGAGGAUGCGGAGAGGGAAGCAAGGGUGAAUGGACUUUUAGAUAUGGAAGCAGAGGAGGAUGACGAGGAAGAGGAUGAUGAAAAUGAAGAGGAGGAAGAGGAGGAAGAAGGGAGUGAGGAGGAAGAGGAGGAGGAUGAGAGUGAGGAGGGAGAGGAAGAGGAGGACGAGGAGGGGGAAGAGGAAGAAGAGGAAGAAGAGGAGGAGGAGGAUGAAACAUCAGAUGAGGACGAUGAGGAGGAGGAAGAGGUAGAUUGGGAGAUGGAGAUGGGUGGUGGUGGCAGCAGUGGUGCUGUGCAAGGGAGUGAGAAGGAUAUGAUGCUACGGGUGCUAUCCCGAGUGGUUGAGCAGGGGAAGGGGGAGGAGGGGAAGGAGGGCGCAGGGGAAGAAGUAGUAGGGUGGAAAGCAAAAGGUGUGGUUGUGAAAGGUGGGAAGGAAGGAGAUGCAGGAAAGAAGGGGAAGGAAGGGAAGGGCGGGAAGGAGGGAAAGGCUCCGGAGGGAAAGAUGGGUGCCGAGGAGGGUAAGGGAGCAGCAGCAGGGAAGAAGACAGGCUCUGGUGAUGGCAAGGAGGAAGGGACGGGUGCGGAGGAAGAGGAGGUGAUGGAAGGGAAAGAUGGGAAAGGAGGGAAGGAUGGGAAGGGCGAGGAGGCAGAGGCACCGCCAUCAACGGUGUUUGUGAGGAACCUGCCAGUGGAUGCUUCAGCUGACCGCAUUCGAGCAGCGUUUGAACGGUUUGGGAAGGUGGCUGACUGCAGAGUCGUGCUGCACCCGGUUACCAGGCGUCCCCGAGGCUCGGCAUUCGUCCGGUUCGAAACGCCCGAAGCAGCGCAAGCUGCCGUGGCAGGCUCGGUCCGAGCCGCCAAGGCCAGGGCCGAGGCUGGCGGAGAGGAGGGGGUGAUCAAGGAGGGCACAAGAGCAGCGGAGGGAAUGCCAGCAGCAGACAUGGAGAAGCGGAAGAGGCUGCAACGUGAGAAGCUGAUGAAGCUAAGGAGCCCAAACUUUGCUGUGUCGCUGACGCGCCUGGCGGUGCACAACGUGCCGCGGGAGAUGGACGAGAAGCAGCUGAAGCAGGUGUUUGUGGAGGCUGUGAAGGCUCGAGCCAAGAAGCAGAAGCCACAUGUGAAGCAGGUGAAGGUGCUGAGGGAAACAGAUCGGGUGGGGCCAGAUGGCAAGCCGCGGUCAAAGGGAGCGGCGUUCAUUGAGUUCAGUGAGCAUCAGCACGCUGUUGCGGCUCUGAGGGCUCUCAACAACCACCCCAAGGCAAAGGGAGCGGCGUUCAUUGAGUUCAGUGAGCAUCAGCACGCGGUGGCGGCACCGAGGCCGCUCAACAACCACCCCAGUGAGUGCUGUGCGGUGCAGUGUGAUGCAGCAUGGCGAAGCACUGUGCAGCACGGUGCUGUGCUGUUCUUGGGACGGCAGGCAAAGGGCGCAGCGUUCGUUGAGUUACGCUGUUGCGGCUCUGAGGGCGCUCAACAACCACCCGAGUGA